GAACCUCGCUUUUCGCUCCAGCCCCCGCUUACUCGUUUUGCAGCCACUUCGAAAACCCGGAGCAGAGAAAGACCGGAGCGGCUCCGCUCCUCGCGGCACCUCCCCAGCAUCCCUGGGCGUCCAAGCUGGGCAUGCUCAGUCGACAGGGCCCCUUCAGCUCGCGGAGUCGGAAGCUCGGGCGCUACGGAUGCGAGGCCCUGUGGCGGGGGCAAAAUGGAGCCCUUUACCAAUGAUCGACUUCAGCUCCCCCGGAAUAUGAUUGAAAACAGCAUGUUUGAGGAAGAGCCAGACGUGGUGGAUUUAGCCAAAGAACCUUGUUUACAUCCUCUAGAGCCUGAUGAGGUGGAAUAUGAGCCCCGGGGUUCACGCCUCUUGGUGCGAGGUCUUGGGGAACAUGAGCUGGACGAGGACGAAGAGGACUAUGAGUCGUCUGCAAAGCUGCUGGGCAUGUCCUUCAUGAACAGAAGCUCAGGCCUUCGGAAUAGCGCAGCCAGCUACAGGCAGAGCCCUGAUGGCGCUUGUUCGAUACCCUCUGCCAGGACCAUGUUGGUCUGUGCUUUUGUCAUCGCGGUUGCCAUUUCUGUUAUCAUGGUGAUUUACCUGUUGCCCAAAUGUACCUUUACCAAAGAAGGCUGCCAUCAGAAAAACCAAUCAAUGAGACUAAUUCAACCAUUUGCAACAAAUGGGAAAUUGUUUCCGUGGGCACAAAUCCGGCUUCCCACUGCCAUUAAGCCACUACGCUAUGAGCUUACCCUACACCCAAACCUGACUUCGAUGACUUUCAAGGGUUCUGUGACGAUCUCAAUUCAGGCUCUGCAGGUCACGUGGAAUGUCAUUCUUCAUAGCACAGACCAUAACAUUUCAAAAGUAACCUUUAUGUCCGCAGUUUUAAGCCAAGAAAAACCAGUUGAGGUUCUGGAAUACCCAUCUCAUGAACAAAUUGCCAUUGUGGCCCCAGAAGCCCUCCUAGAAGGGCAUAAUUACACCUUGAAGAUAGAAUAUUCAGCAAAUAUAUCUAGUUCUUAUUACGGGUUUUACGGCAUCUCCUACACAGAUGAAAGUCAUGAGAAAAAGUACUUUGCAGCCACUCAGUUUGAACCCCUGGCGGCAAGAUCUGCUUUUCCUUGUUUUGAUGAGCCAGCAUUUAAAGCCGCAUUUGUCAUCAGGAUCACAAGGGAUGAGCAGCACACUGCUUUAUCGAAUAUGCCCAAGAAAUCAUCAGUCCUUGUGGAAGAUGGACUCGUUCAGGAUGAGUUUUAUGAGAGUGUGAAGAUGAGCACUUACCUGGUUGCUUUCAUUGUGGGGGAGAUGAAGAACCUGAGUCAAGAUGUUAAUGGCACCCUGGUCUCUAUAUAUGCUGUACCAGAAAAGAUUGAACAAGUUCAACAUGCCUUGGAAACAACUGUGAAGCUUCUUGAGUUUUAUCAAAAGUACUUUGAAAUCCAAUACCCAAUUAAGAAAUUAGAUUUGGUGGCUAUUCCUGACUUAGAAGCAGGAGCGAUGGAAAAUUGGGGCUUGAUCACCUUUCGAGAAGAGACCCUUUUGUAUGAUAAUAAUACUUCUUCAGUGGCAGAUAGAAAACUGGUUACCAAAAUCAUUGCUCAUGAGCUGGCCCAUCAGUGGUUUGGUAACCUGGUCACAAUGCAGUGGUGGAAUGACCUGUGGUUGAAUGAAGGUUUUGCCACCUUCAUGGAAUAUUUCUCUUUGGGAAAGAUAUUUAAAGAGCUCUCAAGUUAUGAAGAUUUCUUAGAUGCUCGCUUUAAAACCAUGAAGAAAGACUCUUUGAAUUCAUCUCAUCCAAUAUCAUCAUCAUCUGUCCAGUCUUCUGCGCAGAUUGAAGAAAUGUUUGAUUCUCUUUCCUAUUUUAAGGGAGCUUCCCUCUUGUUGAUGCUGAAAACUUUUCUCGGAGAAGACGUGUUUCAACAUGUUGUCAUUCUUUACCUACAUAAUCACAGCUUUGCAUCCAUUCAAAGUGAUGACCUGUGGGAUAGUUUUAAUGAGGUCACAAACCCAGCUUUAGAUGUGAAGAAAAUGAUGAAAACCUGGACCCUGCAGAAAGGAGUUCCUUUAGUGACUGUUCAGAGAACAAAAACGGGAGUUCUUGUACAGCAGGAGAGCUUUUUUCCAAACAUGAACCCUGAAAUGCAGCCUUCAGGUGCAAGCUACCUGUGGCACAUUCCACUAUCUUAUAUCAUUGAAAGAAAAAAUGACUCUCAAUCUCAAUCAGUAAUGUUACUGGAUAAAAAAUCAGAUGCCAUUAAUCUUACCGAAGAAGUGGAGUGGGUCAAAUUCAACGUAGACAUGAGUGGCUAUUAUAUUGUUAACUACGGAGCUGAAAACUGGGACGCACUGAUCAAACAGCUGAAAACAAAUCCUUAUGUUCUGAGUGACAGAGACCGAGCCAGCCUCAUCAACAACAUCUUUGAACUUGCAGGCAUUGGCAAGUUGUCACUUCACAUGGCCUUUGAUUUGCUUGAUUAUCUUGGAAAUGAGAACUACACUGCGCCCAUCACUGAAGCCCUGUUCCAAACAGACCUCAUCUACAACCUCCUUGAAAAGCUGGGGCACACAGAUCUGACCUCCAGACUGGUGAGCAGAGUAUUUAAGUUGCUACAAAAUCAAAUCCAACGACAAACCUGGACUGAUGAGGGUACCCCGUCUAUGCGAGAGCUUCGGUCAGUCUUGCUAGAAUUUGCUUGUGCCCAUAGCCUGGCGAACUGCAGCACGGCUGCCAUGAAGCUCUUUGACAGUUGGAUGGCGUCCAAUGGCACUCUCAGCCUGCCCACCGAUGUCAUGACUACGGUGUUCAAAGUCGGAGCAAAAACUGAAAAAGGCUGGUUAUUCCUUUUAAACGUCUAUAACACACUAGGCUCUGAAGCUGAGAAGAAUAAAAUACUUGAAGCUCUUGCCAGCUCGGACGAUGUACGGAAACUUCACUGGUUAAUGAAAAGUAGUCUCGAGGGAGCGAUCAUUCGAACACAGAAGCUGCCCUUCAUCAUUCGAACCGCCGGCCGACGUUUUCCAGGACACUUACUGGCAUGGGAUUUUGUCAAAGAGAACUGGAAUAAACUUGUACAGAAGUUUCAUCUGGGGUCCUAUACCAUCCAGAGUAUUGUUGCUGGAUCAACUCACCUGUUUUCAACAAAGGCACAUCUGUCCGAGGUCCGGGCGUUUUUUGAAAAUGAGUCUGAGGCAACGUUUCGGCUGCGCUGUGUUCAGGAAGCUUUGGAAGUCAUCCAGCUGAACAUGCAGUGGAUGGAGAAGAACUUAUACACUCUGACGUUGUGGCUGUAGCAUGCACAACCGCAACUCAUGUGGUCACCCAUUCAGAGCUUGUCACCCUGGGCUCUCCUGCUUUUGCAAAAACCAAGGUGAAACCAGGAUCGCUGCUGAGUUGUUUGCACUCUUAGGAGUUCUAGUUAGCUCAGGGCACGUCUGUAUUUUUCAUCUGUAUUUUCUGAGCGUCUUUGGGCAAUAUGUAGUUAUUUAUUAUAAAAUUGUAUUUACCUAUAUGCCAAUCAUCGACAAAAACAGUGAUUAACUUUUCUACAUCACAGAUAAAGAAACGGGAAGGGGGAAAUUGGUUUGGGAAUUCUGUUCUGUUUCUCAAGACCAGAAAGUGCUGACUCAGUGAAACAAGGAAGGGCCCACCAGGCGAGCCGAGUCUGGCGUUCCGGCCUGCUGUUGCUCCCUGUCCCCUGUCCGGGAAGUGAGCUUCGGGUGGUAGUGAGGACAGAAGCCGGGCCCGGAGAGAACUGACCUCCCGUGGUCAGAGAUACAUCAGCUUGGCGAUUUGAUCAGUCCUUUGUUUCCUUUAAAAAAAAAAAAAAAUGUUUA